UCUGUGUUCAGUCCUCAUGUGGUUCGAUACUACGGCAGCUACUUCAAGAACAGUGACCUGUGGAUCGUUAUGGAGUACUGUGGAGCAGGAUCAGUGUCUGACAUCAUCAGGAUACGAAACAAGACGAUAACAGAGGAGGAGAUCGCCACCAUCCUACAGUCCACCCUAAAGGGUUUGGAGUAUCUCCACUUCAUGAGGAAAAUCCACAGAGACAUCAAAGCAGGAAACAUCCUGCUGAACUCAGAGGGUCAGGCCAAGCUGGCCGACUUCGGAGUAGCCGGACAACUCACAGACACCAUGGCGAAGAGGAACACGGUCAUCGGCACGCCGUUCUGGAUGGCUCCGGAGGUCAUCCAGGAGAUCGGGUACAACUGUGUGGCCGACAUCUGGUCUCUGGGGAUCACGGCCAUAGAGAUGGCUGAGGGGAAGCCGCCCUACGCCGACAUCCAUCCCAUGAGGGCCAUCUUCAUGAUCCCCACCAAUCCUCCUCCAACGUUCAGGACCCCAGAUCUGUGGUCUCUGUCCUUCCAAGACUUUGUCAGCCAGUGUUUGGUGAAGAACCCAGAAAACAGAGCAACGGCCACACAGUUAUUACAGGUGAGAGUUAUUACAGGUAACUGUGUGUGUUGUGUGUGUGUGU